UCAUAUUAGUAACGCGAGUGGUGUGGGUUGCAAUUACAUGGGACCGGCGUGUUGAUUUUAUUGUUUUGAACGUAUAUUUGUUGGUGAUGGGGCCGCUGACCCCGUGUGGCUGCUGCCAGCUGCGCGCCGCGGACAAGGAGCUGCAGGCGCCGUACACCCGGCUCGGCGCGACUGAGGUCUACGCCCACAUGCUCCGAGAAUGCUUCGGCAUCCACGUGGCACUGAGUAGUGAAGACUCUUAUGGGAUCUGCUCGGUGUGCGUGGGCCGCCUGCAAGAUGCAAGUGACUUCAAGCUGCAGGUGCUGCGUACUCAGGCGGAGCUGCAGGCGGGGCUGCAACAAGAGGCGCAUGUUAAAAAAGAAGAAUUAAUAGUGGAGUCAGAAACGGAGUAUGGAGAUGUGGCCGGUGACGAGCCGGUGUCGGUAGCAUUAGUCGGCGCGGCUGGAGCGGACCCGGAGCCGGCGCCGUCAGUGUCCUUGCGCGCCAGACAGCAGCUCGCGAUGGCUUGCUGCGUGAGGCUCGCGCGCCUCCGCGACUCCCCGCGCGCGAGCCAGCCGUGCCCCGCGCCGCCGCCCGCCACUGUGCAGCGAGAGCCCCGCACACAACUCUACACCUGCGACACUUGCCAGGCGCACUUCACACACAAGUCCACCUUACUCACACAUAUACAGAACCUUUGCGAACGAAGAAACAAACGUGAAACCUCCUUAAAACUGUUUACACAUAAAGGGAAAGUUAAAACAAAUGAGAAUACUCAGACUGAAGUUAAACUAUACGAAUGUAAGGAAUGUAUGAAGCGAUUUAGUCGAAAGUAUAACUUACGUAUACAUGAAAAAUAUCACAGUGGACUGAAACCUUAUGUAUGUAAGGUUUGUAACAAGCGGUUUACACAAAAACGGGAUUUAAAACGUCAUGAGAUAACUCACGGUGGAGUGAAGCCAUAUAUUUGUAAAGUUUGUAACAAGGGGUUUGCUCAAAAAGGGAGUUUGAACAAUCAUGAGAAUAUUCACAGUGGAGUGAAGCCAUAUGUAUGUAAGGUUUGUAACAAGCGGUUUACACAAAAAGGGGAUUUAAAACGUCAUGAGAUAACUCACGGUGGAGUGAAGCCAUAUAUUUGUAAAAUUUGUAACAAGGGAUUUACUCAAAAAGGGAGUUUGAACAAUCAUGAGAAUAUUCACAGUGGAGUGAAGCCAUAUGUAUGUAAGGUUUGUAACAAGCGGUUUAUUCAUAAAAGGAACUUAAAAUAUCAUGAGAAUACUCACAGUGGAGUGAAGCCAUAUGUAUGUAAGGUUUGUAACAAGCGGUUUAUUCAUAAAAGGAACUUAAAAUAUCAUGAAAAUACUCACAGAGGAGUGAAGCCAUAUGCAUGUAAGGUAUGUAACAAGCAGUUUACACAAAAAGGGGGUUUAAAAUAUCAUGAGAAUACUCACAGUGGAGUGACGGCAUAUGUAUGUAAUAUUUGUAACAAGCGAUUUACUCAAAAAUACAGUUUAAAAUAUCAUGAGGGUACUCACGGAGUGAAGCCAUAUGUAUGUACGGUUUGUAACAAGGGGUUUGUAAAAACAGGGGAUUUAAAAAAUCAUGAGAAUACUCACAGUGGAGUGAAGCCAUAUGUAUGUAAAGUUUGUAACAAGCGGUUUACAUUUACAUCUAAUUUAAAAAGUCAUGAGACUACUCACAGUGGAGUGAAGCCACAUGUAUGUAAGGUUUGUAACAAGGGGUUUGCACUUAAGUCGACUUUAAAACGUCAUGAGAUUACUCACCGUGGUGUCAAAGCACAUACAGCACAAAAAAAGAGAGGAAUGAAACCAUACGGUUGUGAGGAAUGUAAUGAAGGAUUUACAAGAGAAGUUUAUUUAGAUAUACAUAGGAAAAGAGUCCACGAUGGAGCCAUGUCAUACAAAGGUUUAGCCUAUGACGUGCAUUUAACACGAAAAGAGGCUACAGAAAAUCAUGAAUCACCUCGGCCGAAUAAUGAAAAAAGUAACAAACAUACAUAUGAUGGAAAUAGUUCAGAUAGCCAUAUUGGAGUGAAGCCAUACACUUGUGAAGAGUGUAAGAACCAGUUUCCAUCACAGUCGGAGUUAGACAGACACAAGAGGAUCCACUCCGGAGAGGAGUCGUACGAGUGCGAGAUAUGCGAAUCUUUAUUCUUCGAUGAAGCCAGUUUAAUAACUCAUGUUAAUUCCCAUGCGGGCAGAAUCGCAAAAAAGUAAUGAGUUGGUUCUUAAAAUAGUAAGGCAACUCUGCUUAAUGGGACCAGACAUCCUAGUGUUGGUCGAUUACUCAGAUCAAACACUAUAUUUUGCUGUCGUCGUGUUCAAAAGCAUGCGUGGGAUCAUAGCUUCCGAACGGAUGAACCAAUUUAGUUUGUUUUUGUUUCAUAGUUGUCAACUCGUUGCGUUUGUAUGUAUGUUUACUUUACAUAGUGUGCCUUACAGAAAUAGUAACCUAACAUAACCACAAAAUUAAAAUUUAGAUAAAUCCCACGAUCGCGACAUAGUGGACCGAUUUUCAUGAAACAUGGCUAAGAACGUCACUCCCGACUAACUCGGCUUUCAGACAAAAAAAAAA